CCACCCAAACAAAUCCAACAACCUGAUACUGGAGACACAACCAGGCGUUCCCCGGCCACACUGUCUGGUGUCCUGUCUGCAGAUAGGGAGAUUCCAUUUCUUCAUCCAACAACCUCAUACUGGGGACACAACCAGGCGUUCCCCCGCCACACUGUCUGGUGUCCUGUCUGCAGAUAGGGAGCUUCCGUUUCUUCAUCCAACAACCUGAUACUGGAGACACAACCAGGCGUUCCCCCGUCGCCCUGUCUGCCGCACUGCCCGGUCAAGGCCAAAUGCAACCGUGCCUGGGAGCAGCAGAAGAGACGUCUAUCCACCCCGACGGGACUAACCUAUUUACUAACCCUGAAUAGACCAAAUACCCUGAAUGGAUACGUUAUUAAGACAAGGACCUAUGCAAUAGGCAUAGUCAACAUGGAUUUUGUUUUGUUUUUGACGGACCUUUGUGAAACAACAAGCUAACGUCAGUUCGCUACCAAGGCGGCCUAACAUUAGCAAAGGAGCUAGCUAGCUACCGUUAGGGGGGAGAAACACGGCAAAGUUGGACUUCUGUGGGCAAAAAAAAAAGGCCGACGGGUUUAUUCCCUAACAAGUUUAUUUUAACAUAGUUAACUACCUGUUAGUAACGCUAGCAGUGUAUUGUUAAUGUUAGUUAGGUAACUUAGCGUAGCUAACGUUGUGUCAAGUAGCUGUCUGUUAGCAUGACAACCUGACCCCGUCUUCAAUGUGUCGCUCCAUACUGGACACAUCGGUUACGGUUAUUGAACUGUACGUGAAAGAGACAGAAGUGUAUAAAGACAUACGUUAAGUUUCGGAAGAGCGGGAAGUUUCAAGUUAAAUCAAAUGUACAACAGAGUGAAGUCAAUGUCGUUGCUGAAGCAAAUCACGAUGCUGUUGUUCGUGACGGUCCUCCCUCCUGUCCCCGCUGACCAGCAGAAGGAGAGGGAGUGUGCCUUCACUGAGCAGCAGCAGCAGUGGGAGAUGGAGCGCGUUGCGGUGGGGGAGGGACGUGUUUCCCCCGAGAACACCACGAUCCACUGCUCUAAAGGAUCUCACUGCUUCGGCCUCUGGGAGAAGAGUCCUCCUGGAGACGUCAGGCUGGUCAAACAAGGUUGUUGGACUCACCUUGGCGACCAGCAGGAGUGUCGGGACGACCGUUGCGUGGUAACCAACCUGCCUCCUCAGAUCCAGAAUGGGACGUAUCACUUCUGCUGCUGUAGUACUGACAUGUGUAACGUCAACUUCACUGAGGACUUUCCUCUGCCCAGUCCCACUACAGCCCAGCCGCUAUACAACCAGUUGCAGUGUGAAGAGACCAUAGUCAUCUCCUUGGCUGUUGUCUCUGUGCUGGCUGUCAUCAUCUUUGCUGCCUUCUUCGGUUACCGCAUGAUGCACAGAGGUGGUAAACAGGGCCUUCAUAAUCUCAACAUGAUGGAGGGAGCUGGUUCUGAGAGCUCUCUGGACCUGGACAACCUCAAACAACUGGAGGUCAGAUGGCUACAGCUACUACAGCUACUACAGUUACUACAGCUACUACAGUUACUACAGCUACUACAGUUACUACAGUUACUACAGCU